AUGGUAGGGGUCUUAAUCAAGUUUUCCAUAGCUUCCAUAUGCUUGCUUGCAGCUCCUGUUGCUAUUCUGUACGGGUUUAACCAUAAGUUCUUCCCUGGAUCUUCUCACAUCUCCCGCGAGUCUGUCACGAUAUGGAGUGGGGUCCUAGCGGUCAUCUCGGUCAAUGUGGUCAUAGCAUUCUACAUUUACAUGGCCAUGAAAGAGCCUUCACAUAAACACGAGCCCGACCAUAAAUUCCUUGCAGAUGCGAAGGCUAGCAUUAAGCAGCACAGCCAAAGUGAAUCUGAAUUGUAUUCACACGGCACGAAACAAGAAUAA